AAUUCAUUGCAACUCUGCAACGGUUGAAGCCCAACUUUAAAAUAUUAAAGGAGCAGAGAAACCUGCCUUCUCGCCAUCUCUAGUUUCCUUACCAGCCACUUCUCUCUCCUCUUCCAACUCCCACGCGUAUAAAAAUUCCUUUUAAUCCUUGAAGCUCCACAAGUUUUCAGUUCGUGUUUGUAAAGGAUGGCGAGUGGGGAUCCGGAGAGAGGGACAAAGAACAGAGGACACAACACUAGCUUCUACUAUGUGGAAACAUCGGAUAAGCAAUGGACAUCAUGGUUGAUCCCUAUGUUUGUUGUUGCGAAUAUUGCUGUAUUCAUUGUGGCCAUGUAUGUCAACAAUUGUCCCAAAAACAAUCUGGGUUUUUAUGGUAGCUGCGUUGCCAAGUUCCUUGGCAGGCUAUCGUUUCAGCCUUUGAAAGAGAAUCCUCUUUUUGGUCCAUCUUCUUCAACACUGGAAAAAAUGGGAGCCCUGGAGUGGAACAAGGUGGUGCAUGAGCAUCAAGGAUGGAGACUUAUCACUUGUAUGUGGUUGCAUGCUGGAGUUAUACAUCUGCUAGCAAAUAUGCUCAGCUUGAUCUUUAUUGGGAUUCGCCUUGAACAGCAAUUUGGAUUUGUGCGAGUUGGGAUAGUCUAUCUAUUAUCCGGAUUGGGGGGAAGUAUAUUGUCUUCACUCUUUAUUCAGCAAAAUAUUUCUGUCGGUGCCUCUGGUGCUUUGUUUGGCCUUCUGGGAGCAAUGUUAUCAGAGCUUCUUACUAACUGGACUAUCUAUACUAACAAGAUUGCAGCUCUAUUUACUCUUGUGGUUAUCAUCGGCAUUAACUUGGCUCUAGGAAUUCUUCCGCAUGUUGACAACUUUGCACACAUUGGAGGUUUCUUGACUGGCUUUUUCCUUGGAUUCAUUAUACUACUUCGUCCACAGUUUGGCUGGCAUGAAAGCCGGCAUCUUCCAGCUGAUGCUCGUGUAAAAUCUAGGCACAUGGCUUAUCAGUAUGUGUUGUUGCUGGUUGCCAUGGUAUUACUUAUUGUUGGAUUUACUGUAGGAUUGGUGAUGCUGUUUAGAGGAGUGAAUGGAAAUGAUCACUGCAGCUGGUGCCAUUAUCUAAGUUGUGUGCCUACCUCAAAGUGGAAAUGUGACAAUUGAUGGAAGUUUUUCACCUUGUCUGUUUCUCGUUUCUUAGAUAAUUUGUAGGAACCUUGUUAUUGGAUUCUUUUUCUUUUUCUUCUCUAACCCUUUUUUUGAUUUUUAUUUAUUGUCAUUUUUUCAUUUGUUUGGGAUGCUUUCACACUUGUACAUGAAAAUAGAUCAUGGUACUGGGAUAAUAUUUGGACUUAAAAUUAUGUUGUGCUAUAUAAUGUUGGUUUCGCACUA